UCUUGGGCUAUUUGCCCCUAAAUCCAGUCCUAGAGUCAACUGAGAAAUACUGGAUCCCGGCCUUGGAGCUUAGAAACUACAUUACCCAGAAGGCCACGGAUGGAAUGGCAUCAGGCGGAGCCAAUGGAGGGUCAGAGAAGGCAUUUCCGUUUGGGCGCUUCCGGAGGGCGGGACCGGUAAUCCUUGUGGCCGGAUUUCAUCUUCUCAGGUUUUUGUCUCAGCGGGUGAGGUUUUCAGUGUCCGCAAGUCCCGUGGAGAAGUCCGGAGAGCGUUGUUCCCAGUCACACAGCCCAUGGUGGGAGCCGCCGGUGGUGCUCACAGCUCCCACGUGGGAUUGAAGCUCGGAGUCGUCACCCAAACCCACGCCAGGGCCGGUCCAGGGACCGCCAUUCCUGCAGCGGCUUCUACUCCCGCCUGGCUCAGCCCACUGAGGGCAAUGGCGGCGCCCCCGCCGAGGAGACGGGCUGAGGUUGGCGUGACCUUUGAGGACAUUGCCCUGUACUUCUCCAGGGAGGAAUGGAGCCUCCUUGAUGAUGGUCAGAGACAGCUGUACCUGAAUGUGAUGCUGGAGAACUUUGAACUUCUAUCCUCCCUGGGUCUCUUUUUAGUGCCCUCCACCGUUGGUCCAUGCCUGCAGAGCCUUAGAGUGCACACCUAUUACUGUAUUGAGGUAGAACAUCAUGUGCUCUAAUACAAUUGAUUUUUAUGGGUUUGAGCAGAUUCAAAUUAUUCUACACAGACUCACGUCACCAGCAUGAAAGUUCCUAACAGAAGCCAUUUCUGGAGGAACAACUAGCAGACCCUUCCUCUCCUCUUUGCGUCUCAUCCUGUGUUUCUGUCCCUUUCUUGGUGAGAUUUUCAUCAUCCACCGACCUUUGGGGCCAAGAAAAGUAUAACAGCUAUUUCCUCAGAGUAUAACUCACUUGUCUUGAAAAUCUUUCUAUGGAAUCAUGUCCAGUCAUG